CCUCAUAGAGCGUUCCAAUCUAGACGAGUUAGUAUGUCCGGACGUGGAAAAGGCGGAAAAGGUCUCGGCAAAGGAGGUGCUAAGCGUCAUCGCAAAAUCUUGCGUGAUAACAUUCAAGGAAUCACUAAACCAGCUAUCCGCCGUCUUGCUCGUCGUGGUGGAGUUAAGCGCAUCUCUGGAUUGAUUUACGAAGAAACGCGCGGGGUCCUUAAGGUCUUCCUUGAGAACGUGAUUCGUGAUGCUGUUACUUAUACAGAACAUGCCAAAAGGAAGACGGUCACAGCCAUGGAUGUUGUGUAUGCUCUAAAGAGACAAGGCCGUACGCUAUCUCUCAAAAUGGCACCAAAGGUAGCCGGCAAGAAGGGCGAAAAGCGAGCUGGUAAGGCAAAGAGCGCCGCCGAAGGAGGAAAAGGUAAAAGAACUCGAAAGCGGAAGGAAAGCUAUGCCAUUUACAUUUACAAAGUCCUCAAGCAAGUUCACCCAGACACGGGAAUCUCUAGCAAAGCAAUGGGCAUCAUGAACUCUUUCGUGAACGAUAUUUUUGAACGGAUCGCCACAGAAGCUUCAAGACUGGCCCACUAUAACAAGAAAUCGACCAUCAGCUCUCGCGAAAUUCAGACCGCAAUCAGGCUGCUUCUUCCCGGUGAACUGGCAAAACACGCCGUCAGUGAAGGAACCAAAGCCGUAACUAAGUACACGAGCAGCAAGUAAUUUACGAAAUCUGUUUGAAUUACGUGGGCCUCAAAGUCCAGAAAACCCAGAACGAUUCAAUGGAAUUGUGUUAGCGUGAUUGGAGGAUUGGAAUUGUUAUCGAUAGUAGCACGAGACUUGAUCGAGUUGCCCUCAACAAAGGCGCAAAAAAGUUGACAUUUUUAUCAAUUUUUACGUUCAAUUAACACGAUAAACUUAAAUCAUAGUCAUUUUUUAUGAGAAUUUGACCUGUUAUCUCAUUUCUCCAUUAAAUUUUUUUUUCGUGUACGUGCUAGUUCAGAUGCCAAACCUUAGCUGAUUGAUUUCACAGCCUGUCUUUGUCUUUGUGAAGUCCAAUAGCUUUCCUUGUUUUUAUUUUCUAGACGGAAGUGAACUGCAGUUUAAUAUUGUGUUUCGAUCAAAGUUAGGAUACAUGCAAUUGUUGUACGAGUCGGACUCUAAUACAUUUGAUCUUCAGAUGUUGUCAGACGAACUGAGGUACAAUGUUGACCGAGUCAUGUUAAAAUGAUUUAUGUCGACGUGAUUAAUGUUUCCCAGUAAUCAAUUAUUAAACAAAUAAAGUGGGCAGAUGGAGUGAUUCUGUGAA